AUGUCUACACCACGCAGCACCCCCCGCGAUCGAGACCGCACCCGACACCUCGACCACCGCAACAGCAACAACAACACCCAAACCGAACCCCCCUUGCCCCUCUACGAGCCCUCCCUCGCGCCGCUCACGACAACAGGGCACAACGCGGUCCUGGCGCUCUUGAAAUCGCAGUCUUUAAGACAUCUGAAAACGCAUCUACAGCAUGCGGGUGUCAAGUUGACGGAUUCAGCUGGGGAGGUGAAUGAACGGGUUACCGAUGCGAAGGGACGGUUUGAGAAGAUGAAGGAGAGGGGGGUUAGGUUGAGGGCUGCGAGGGAAGGUCAACAGGGUCAGGGUCAAAAUGGGGAGAGUCAGGAUGGAGAGGGGAAUGAGGGUGAGGGCGAGGGUGGGAAUGAGGAAGGGGGAGACGAAGGGGAAGCGGAAGAGGAGGAACGGAAUCGGUUGAGCAGUCUUGAGGAGAGGGUUGCUGGGAUUACGGGGCGGUUGGAGGAGCAGGUACGGAAGAUGGUGGAUGCGGAGGCGAGGGUGGAUGCGUUGGUCGAGGUGAUGGGGGAGUUUGAGAGGGAGGCGGAUGAGGCGAGUGUUGCUCGUCCUGGGAGGCAGACGAGGAGGAGAACGAGAAGAAAUAGACGGGAUGGGGACGAGGAAGGGGAGGAUGAUGAAGAUGAAGAAGAUGAGGAUUAUGAGGCGACGUCGGAGAGAGAAGACGAUGAUGCUGAAGCCGCCGCUGUUGCACCUCCUAGUCGACGACUCGAAGAGAGUCUGAAGGAGAACUAUGCGCAGUGGGAUCGACUAUCACUUACCCAGCGCUACUCCGCCAACAACACCUACGUCGGCUUCUACCGCAUCGUCCACGAAGCCAAACACCCCGGCAACGACAUCCCCCCAGUCCCCCACGCCUCAACAUGGUUCUCGCAUCUCGAAGACCCCAACGCCGCCUCUUCCUCCUCCACCCCCUCCACCAACCCAACCCCCACCACGCGCCAACAACGCCAACGCCAACAACAACAGCGCAGCCCUUCCCCCGCCUCCGACGAAGACAUCGCGAUCGAGAGCGAACGGAUAUCCCUAAAAUGUCCCCUCACGCUGCUCACCUUCCGCGACCCCGUCACGAGCACAAAAUGCCCCCACAGCUUCGAACACGACGCCAUCCACGACAUGAUCUCGCAGUCGCCGACCACCGUGCCCGCACCACCCCCAGCGCCUGGAACCGCGCCGUCCCGCGCCGCGCGUCGUGUCCGCUCUGUGAAAUGUCCUGUUUGUUCGGUCGUCUUGACGGGACAGGAUCUGCGACGGGAUGCGGUGUUGCUGAGACGCGUGAAGCGUGCGGAGGCGCGCGAGCGGGAAAGAGAAGAUGAGGAUGAGGAUGAAUCUGGGUCUUUGGGUGGGAGAAAACGGGCGAGGGGGGUGGGGAUCGAGGUGGCGAGUGAUGAUGAUAAUGAUGAGGAUGAAGAAGACGAAGAUGAAGACGAGGAAGAUGAUGAAGGUCCUCAGCAGAGGAAGAGGAGACGACAAGAACAGGUGCGGAUCAAGCAGGAGAGGGCGAUGUCGAGUAGUGCGCCGAUGAUGGUUGAUUAA